UUUUUAGUAAUGAGACGGAGAACAUUCACCGGAAGGUUUUUGGGGUAUUCUUUAUGAAUGCUUGCAGUGGGAUGGGACUCAAUCACGUCCUGUGUGUGCUGCUCUGUGCAGCUGCCCUGACACUUUCUGGAGCUCUUGGCAAAGAUGAGAACAGCGAGGCGUACAGGUGGACCAGGCAGAGCCUCCCGGUGCUGCUGGACACACACACACAGCCUUUAAACCCUCCUUUGUUCAGAGGGCAGGAGGAUGACGAGGAUGAAGGAGGGACAAAGGUCCUGUGUGGAAUAGAGUGUCAAAGCAGUCUACCGCCUCUGGACCAGGCUGAGCAGGAGAGGAUUCUGGGAUAUGAGACAAUGUAUGAGAAUGGCACUCGCACGCAUACAGAUGUCACUUUGCAGGGUUUUAACAAGACGUCUGCAGGAACGCCAGCCUACUCACCGGCGCGUACCCGCAGGAAACGGCAGGUUUAUGGACCAGAUGGACGCUUUGUGAUCUCUGAUUCGCAUUUCAUCACCAACUACCCUUUUUCUACUGCUGUCCGUCUCUCCACAGGCUGCUCUGGAGUCCUGAUAUCCCCAAAACAUGUGCUAACAGCGGCACACUGCAUCCACAAUGGGAGGGACUACCUAGAGAGUGCCAGAAGGGUUAGAGUAGGGGUCUUACAGCUCAAGGCUAACAGAAGAAGAGGGGGUAGGAGGAGAGGAGGGCGGAGGAGGGGCGGGAGGAGAGGUGAGGAGAAGAUCGUAGAGGAAGGCGAGGAGCAGAAUAGUAUAGAUGGAGACGUAUUGAGAGGAAGGAAGAGAGGCAAAGGCAGGAGACGCAGGGGAAGAAAAGAGGGUGUAGCUGAUGGAAGUGUGGGUGAGUCAGAGAUAGGAGGAGAACGGAGUCUCAGCCGUAUUCGUCGUAGUCCUGAACCCAAGAAGCAGCCCGUCUUCCGCUGGGCACGAGUUAAACAAACCCGGAUUCCUCAAGGAUGGAUCCAAACCAAGAGCUCCACCAACUCAGUGUCCACUGACUACGAUUACGCCGUUCUGGAGUUGAGACGACCCAUCAGACAAAAGUACAUGGAGCUUGGGGUGGCGCCGUCUGCCGCCCCCCUGGCACGGAUCCACUUCUCGGGCUAUGACGCCGACAAAAGCCUGUUGGAUGGGCGUGGAGAAGAGAAGGUGGUUUACCGCUUUUGUUCCGUGGCAAACGAGUCGGACGAUUUGAUGUACCAGCACUGUGACGCGCAGCAGGGCGCCACAGGCGCAGGUGUUUACAUUCGUCUGAGGCAGGAAGCGAAAGGUGCAGGCAGGAAAGGGAAGUGGCAGCGGAGGGUGAUCGGGGUGUUUUCAGGCCAUCAGUGGGUGGAGGUGGAGGGAGGUGGGCAGAGGGACUUCAAUGUUGCAGUGAGGAUUACUCCACCCAAAUAUGCCCAGAUCUGUCACUGGAUCCAUGCAGAUCCAAGUCUCUGUAAAGAGGUUUGACUGCAAAGCGAUGGAUCUACAUGAUAAAAAAUACCUGAGACUCAAAGAUCUGGGCCUGUAUGUAUAAACUUCUAAAACACUUAAUCUCAAGACUGGUCCUGAACUUUGACUCGUGAGGUGAAAACAUUUUAGUAAAAAGUAGAACUUCGUAGCUUUGUACAAAGACGCUAACUUUUUUCAAAGUGCAGACUGCAGUGUUGUCAAAUUGGAACUAGAUGUCCAAGCCAAGUGCUCUUCCUCAAGAACAGCCAAUAGCACGCAUCCAAAGGUUAUGUGUCAUGGCUGCAUCACGCCUUCAUGCACACCUUGUCAUGAUUAGGCCAACUUAUUAUUCAUUGCAUCCAACCAGCCUUAGUUGUGAAAUAGUCACAACAUUUAAAGUGAGAGUAGAUAAUGUAUUUUAGAGGCAUUUUAUGUUAUAUUUGUUAAAAUUCUUUUUACAUCCAGACAGCAAUCAGUAAAUGAAAUGCUCUGACAAAAAACAACAACAAAAAAACGAUAUCUGUGGCUGUUGCAGGCUUGUAAUAAACCCAUCCUGCCAUUUCAUUUAGCGGGAAUGCAAUGAUUGGAUGACCUACCUGCCUGUCUACCUAACUGCCUACCCACUCUGCCUGUGCACUCAUUGCACAUGACUGGAGACCAAUGCUAGCAUGUUAGCUUGACGGCUGUGAGUGCUAACAAUAGCCAUGUAUGUUUUUAUGUUCUUACAUGUGACAUGGCAUGGGCUAGUUAUAUAGUGGACAGUGAUGUACUCAGGCGGUGCACCUUCAUGUGUUUUGGAGGGGGGGUGACUUUGGAGGGAGGCAUGAAGGGAGGUAGUUUUUUGGUUGGAUACUUUCAAAAAAAAUGGUUUAUUGUUGCUGUUGUUUUCUUCAGUGUUACCAACCCCAGCUUUGACAGAUAGAUUCGAAGAGUCAGUGUUAAUUGUUUUAAGGAAGUAGUUAUUUUAACCCAAACCAUAAUCUUUUCCUCACAUGUUUAUCUUACAUGUUUAUUUGUUUACUAACCCUAACCCAAAACUGCGCAGGGGUCGACCUAAAACUAAAACGAUAUUAUCUGACUCACAAUGAAUCAUCUAUGCAGCAGAACCAGAAAUCUGAGGCUUUUUUUAUAUCAUGCAUUCUUUCUACUUGCCAAAACCAAUCACCUAUGUUACCCACAAUGCAACUCGACGGCCGACAAUUCGGUCAGAGCAUCUGGUGUCUAAUGCUAGUUGCAGCUAAUGUAGCCUCGAGCCAGGCUAUGAGCUCUGUAAACUCACCCCUUUCAAAGUCCACUCUGCACGCUUUUUUCAUUUUCAGACUUGUAGUCUUUAGACCUAAUGAUGCUGACUCAAGUGACAUCACUUGAGGAAACUUUCGCACAGCACCCUCUGGACAACAGGCUUUAUACAACUUUUUUGACAUAUAUAGUUGUACUACCCAACGACUUUAAUGUAUGAAAUCUGUGCAGUUCCCCUUUAAAAGUUCACUGCCAAGUUUAUAUAUAUUUAUCAGUGUAAUUUUUAUCUUUUGCUAUUCAUUGUCUGUCAAACUAAGAUAAAUUAAUGUAUUUCACUGCUCAGCUAAUAUAAGUAUAAUACAAGUAUUAUUCCACCUUUUAUAAUCACUAUAAAUUACAAAUUACAAUACAAACAUUAGGAAGACUAACACUAACAUGAAUGCAUGAUUGUAUUUAUGAAACCAUCAAGUUAUGAACUUUUUCAUGUUGUAUAAGACUGUGGGUAUUAAAACCGAUGCAUCUUUUCUUAAUUUAUCUCCAUACAUUUCCAAAGUGUGGAAAGUGUGUAGCCAUCGCCUCUGCUGGUCACUUCUAACUGUCUCAACACUUAGAAAUGUUUAUGGAUUGAACUUAACUGUAAUUUAAGAUUAAACUUUCACUCUGGGCAGUUUUACACAUACUGGCACAGGAAUGCAGAUCUGAGACCAGCUCACCUCUUCAGUUUGUCAGGCCAUAUUAGCAAACCUGUAAUCCAAGAAUGCUGUACUUCUCUGGUUCUGGAUCUGUGACCUUAUUAGCCAUUUAUCAGUUCAUUUAGUGGCUGUAAGAAAUCACAUGCAGCAAAUCCUCAGGUGCUCAAAGAAAUGAAUGUGAGUUAAGUCUGUCAGUUUGUUUUUGAGAGAAAUUCUUUGUCACCUUUUCUAAGCACCACAGCUGUUUGUCGACCAUGUAAUUUAUAUAACUCUGAAAUGUAAUUAUGUAAAGGAAGAGACAAUGUAAACAUUAUGCUUUGUUUACUUCAGAGGCAUAGAUUAGUAAAACUAGUGAUAACCUGUUGGUGACCUCAUUUCACCUCACGUUAAGGGAAAUACUGGUUCUACACAACAUGUGUGGGUGUCCUGAUGUUUAAAAGCCAGUAAUAAUAUCUUGUAUUGUAAUUUUGUCUUCCGGAAUUGUCAUGCAACAAACACAUUUCCUUGUCAACAGAAAUGAUUCAUGCUGAUACGUAAACAAAUAAAAAAUGCUGAAUUUUCAAAGCCGACAAAAGCGGAACAGAGAUAAGCAAUGAGCCUUGAGGGUAGUUUGGAUCACUGUAUUUGUCUUUUAUUGCAUCUCAUUUGGUCUCACAUGCAG